GGAAACUGACCGCGGGAGCCGUAGCUGGAGAGCCUCGGCUCAUGGAGGAGGGAACCUGGCUGCGCCGCGCUGCAGGCAACAAAACCAAAGAAAGCAACAUCUGAUCCUUCAUUUCUACUCCCGUUUGGGAUUUUAUUUGCAUCAUCUUUGAGCCUAUUGAUUUAAAAAAAAAAAAAAAAAAAGGCAAACCAAACCCACACAAAACAUGUUGUGCGGAAGGACUUCCACUCCCUGACUGUGCUAUUAAUGUUAAUAAUCAGGAAAAGCCUUUGGGGGCUACAUGAUCUCUCGUCUGAAGCUUGCUGCUGCUGCUAAGGGUUUUGGUGCAGGGAAACAAAACUGCCUUUUCCGCCCGCUGAUUUCCUAACAUCUGCAUGUUUCUGCUGCCGCACUCCGUCUCACACCCUCUUCCCAUGGACUGAUUUUUUUGUUAUUGAGGGGUGGAAGGACAAGAAACCAGGGCAUUUCUUUGGGAGAAACAAAAUUGCAUUUAUUUGUUGCAUUCUGGUGGAUCUGUUCUGAGGUUAAUAUUUUUGGAAAGGAAAAACAUGACGUCGCCAGCUAAAUUCAAAAAGGAUAAGGAGAUCAUAGCUGAAUAUGACACUCAGGUCAAAGAGAUUCGCACCCAACUCAUUGAGCAGCUGAAAUGCCUCGACCAACAGUGCGAGCUUCGGGUCCAGCUACUUCAGGACUUGCAGGAUUUCUUCCGCAAGAAGGCAGAGAUCGAGAUGGAUUACUCAAGGAACUUGGAGAAGUUGGCUGAGAGAUUCCUGGCUAAAACAAGGAGCACCAAAGACCAGCAAUUCAAGAAGGAUCAGAAUGUCCUGUCUCCAGUCAACUGUUGGAAUCUCCUCUUAAACCAGGUGAAGCGAGAGAGCAGGGACCACACGACUCUGAGUGACAUCUACCUAAACAAUAUCAUCCCUCGGUUUGUCCAAGUCAGCGAAGACUCUGGGCGACUCUUCAAGAAGAGUAAAGAAGUCGGAUUGCAGCUCCAGGAAGACUUGAUGAAGGUCCUGAAUGAGCUAUACACGGUGAUGAAGACUUACCACAUGUACAAUGCGGACAGCAUCAGUGCUCAGAGCAAGCUGAAAGAGGCAGAAAAACAGGAAGAGAAACAGAUUGGGAAGUCGGUGAAGCAAGAGGACAAACAGACCCCACGCUCCCCUGACUCAACUUCCAACGUUAGGUUUGAAGAGAAACAUGUCCGACGGAGCUCAGUCAAGAAAAUAGAGAAAAUGAAGGAGAAGCGCCAAGCAAAAUAUACUGAAAAUAAACUGAAGGCCAUUAAGGCAAGAAAUGAGUAUCUGUUGGCUCUGGAAGCCACCAAUGCAUCUGUGUUCAAGUAUUACAUCCACGACCUGUCUGAUCUCAUUGAUCAGUGCUGUGAUCUGGGAUACCAUGCCAGCCUCAACAGAGCUCUCAGGACGUUCCUGUCUGCAGAGCUGAACCUGGAACAGUCCAAGCACGAGGGCCUGGAUGCCAUUGAGAAUGCAGUGGAGAACUUGGAUGCCAACAGUGACAAGCAGCGCCUCAUGGAGAUGUACAACAAUGUCUUCUGCCCGCCCAUGAAGUUUGAGUUUCAGCCCCACAUGGGUGACAUGGUGUCACAACUGUGUGCCCAGCAGCCUGUCCAGAGUGAGUUGGUGCAGAGAUGCCAGCAGCUGCAGUCUAGAUUAUCUACGCUCAAGAUUGAAAACGAAGAGGUUAAGAAAACUAUGGAAGCCACACUGCAGACUAUCCAAGACAUAGUCACAAUUGAGGACUUUGAUGUCUCUGACUGCUUCCAGUACAGCAACUCCAUGGAAUCCGUCAAAUCCACAGUCUCUGAAACUUUCAUGAGCAAGCCAAGCAUUGCCAAGAGACGGGCCAAUCAGCAGGAGACGGAGCAGUUCUACUUCACGAAAAUGAAGGAGUACCUGGAAGGCAGGAACCUGAUCACUAAGCUCCAGGCCAAGCAUGACCUUCUUCAGAAGACACUGGGAGAAAGUCAAAGGACUGAUUGCUCCCUUGCCAGUGGCAGACGCAGCUCUACUAUAAGGAAGCAGGACUCCAGCCAAGCCAUUCCCCUUGUGGUGGAGAGCUGCAUACGAUUCAUUAGCAGACAUGGACUGCAGCAUGAAGGCAUAUUCAGAGUGUCUGGAUCGCAGGUUGAGGUGAAUGAUAUCAAAAACGCAUUUGAGAGAGGGGAGGAUCCACUGGCUGGAGACCAAAAUGACCAUGAUAUGGACUCAAUAGCGGGAGUUCUGAAACUCUAUUUCCGAGGGCUGGAGCACCCUCUAUUUCCGAAGGAAAUCUUUCAUGAUCUGAUUGCCUGUGUCACAAUGGAUAACUUACAAGAAAGAGCACUACACAUCCGGAAGGUCCUUCUGAGCUUGCCUAAAACCACUCUGAUUGUAAUGAGAUACCUCUUUGCAUUCCUCAGUCAUUUAUCUCAGUUCAGUGAAGAGAACAUGAUGGAUCCCUACAACUUGGCCAUCUGCUUCGGGCCCACGCUGAUGUCUGUGCCUGAAGGCCACGAUCAGGUCUCCUGCCAGGCUCAUGUCAAUGAGCUGAUCAAAACCAUCAUCAUCCAACAUGAGAACAUCUUCCCAGGACCAAGAGAACUGGAAGGCCCAGUCUACAGCAGGGGUGGAAACACUGAGGAUUACUGUGAAAGUCCUCAUGGAGAAACAGCCUCAGCAGAAGAUUCAGUUCAAGAUAUAGCAGCCGAGCAUCAUACCAGUGACGAUGAGUGUGAGCCGAUAGAAGCAAUAGCAAAGUUUGACUACAUUGGCCGAACUGCACGAGAGCUGUCCUUUAAAAAAGGGGCUUCUCUCCUCCUGUAUCAGCGGGCCUCAGAUGAUUGGUGGGAGGGACGGCACAAUGGCGUCGACGGUCUUAUCCCUCAUCAGUACAUUGUUGUUCAAGACACUGAGGAUGGUUCCUCUGAAAGAUCCAGCCCCAAGUCCGAAAUAGAAAUCAAUUCUGAGCCACCAGAAGAAAAAGUGACAGCCAGAGCCGGUGCCAAUUGUCCAAGUGGGGGUCACGUCGCUGAUAUUUAUCUUGCAAACAUCAACAAGCAAAGAAAGAGACCAGAGUCAGGCAGCAUCAGAAGAGCGUUCCGUCAAAGCGACAGCCACGGACUGGCUAGUUCACUGGUAGAACCAGCCUCCCCAGGAGCCACAGCUAGCGCUAGACCCUCAUCUCAGCCCAUUAUGAGCCAGAGUCUCCCCAAGGAGGUACCAGAUAAAUGCUCCAUCAGCGGCCACGGCAGCCUCAAUUCUAUCAGCCGGCACUCAUCUCUGAAGAACAGGAUAGACAGCCCACAGAUCCGUAAAACUGUGACUGCAGGCAGGUCAAAGAGUUUCAAUAACCAUCGGCCCAUGGAUCCUGAGGUCAUUGCGCAGGACAUUGAAGCUACCAUGAACACUGCUCUGAAUGAACUGCGGGAGUUGGAAAGGCAAAGCAGCGUAAAGCACACACCAGAUGUUGUCCUCGACACCCUGGAGCCUUUGAAAACCUCCCCUGUUGUGGCACCCACCUCAGAACCUUCCAGCCCUCUGCAUACCCAGAUUCUUAAGGACUCCGAACCAGCAUUCCAGCGGAGCGCCAGCACUGCUGGUGACAUCCCAUGCGCCUUCAGGCCAGUGAAGUCAGUCAAAAUGGCUGCCCAGGUUAAACCUCCAGCAACAAGGCCGAAGCCUGCAGUUUUCCCCAAAACAAAUGCCACAAGCCCUGGUGUUGCUUCUUCCGCAUCUCAACAGCCUACUGACAAGUCCUGUACUGUCUGA